AUGAUUGCGAGGUUCAAGGAAGUUCAGCAGCAAGUCAACGACAUCAUUGACUUGAAUCCGAAGUUACAUAAAAGUAAUGGUGCAGUAAAGACAUAUAUGGUUGAGGAUGAAGUAGUUUUGGAGGAGUUCACUAACUUGGUUCGGCAUUUUGUGGACUUUAGUGAGGAUGAUGCAGUUGCAAAGUGCUCUUGUGGUUUAUUUGAGAUGAGGGGGAUAUUGUGUCGGCACAUUUUGGCUGUAUUCAGGUGUAACGAUAUUAAAUAUUUGUCGGAAAUAUACAUUUUAGAUCGAUGGAGGAAGGAUAUUAAAAGGCGAUAUACAUUAAUCCACAGUAGCUAUGAUGAAGGGGACCAACAACCAGAUGCUAAUAGAUAUUCAAGUCUUUUAAGUAUUUGUUAUCAAGUGAUUACUCAUGCAGCUGGUUCGAGAAAGCAUACUGAGGAUGCAAGAAGUAAGUUAUAUGCCAUGAUUGAGCUGUAUCGUGCCAAUGAAGAACUCCCAUCUUUCACUCAAAUUGGUUCUAAUGUUGAUCCUUCGGCAAAUGACACUACGGUCGGGUGUUCUGGGGAAGUACACAGUCCACGUGUUGUGUGA